AUGACGGACCUCCCGGGAUCUGAUCGAACUCUUCUUGAGAGGCUAAAUGCCCUUAAGCCUAGCACUGUCAAUCUGAGCCCGUCAUCAAAGUCAAUUGCAGCAUCUACUAUAGAGUCAGCUAAGCCUUUAUCCAAAGAAGAUGCUCUCACAGAAAGGCUAAAGAGUCUUCGAAACCAAAAUGAUAGUAACAUCCAUACCAUUUCCGGCUCAGGGAUAAGUCGUAGAGACGACGGGACUAUCACUUCGCCAUCUUCAAAUCCACCACCACAGCCACCUCCUAAUCCCGAAAGUUCGGGCACGGGCGUAGACGCAACACAAACUUCAUCUACAGAAGAUGCGAACGAAGAUGAAGAUCCACUAUUCUACACUGACGACCAGACGCUCGAAGAGCUUCUUGCAGACCUCGAAUCCGACCAGCAAUGGCUCGAAGAGGUACUAGCUGAAGACGAGCAUCGCAAGGUAACCGCACUUCUCGAGGAACUUGGGGAUGCUACCAAAACCAGCCAAGAUCCAGAAAAGGGUCCGGAGACUAAGAAAUCUCGUAUCGAGAACGAAGGUGAAGACAGUAGCGACGAUGACUCCGAGGGUGAACGGAUGACUCGUGAAGCCGACGAUAUUCUCGCCCAAACAGCUGACGAGGUAGAAUACGAUCAGGCCAAUGAGUCUCCAUCUCAGCCUGGUUCUUCACCCACUUCACCAAGCCACACCGCAAAACCAGGUACCGAAGGCGGUAAGGCAGCAAAUGAAAGUACACAAGCACAAGGGUUCGAUGAAAGCGACCCCUUUAACUUACCUACGGUUCCGUCAGAUCUCCAGGACCAACACCAACCAGAUCAUCCCGAAGCGUCGCAGAACGACACCGACUUUGCAGCAUCCAUCACGUCUCGCAUGGCUGCGCUCAACGUUGAUACACCUGUUGGUCCGGAUCUGCCUUCAGUACCAGCAGACAUCGAUUCUUUAGGCCUCCCUUCGGCGCCUACCUUCGCACCGGCUGAUCGACCUGCCCCGGGGCUCAUCAAGCGGUUUGGUUUCACAGACGAGGACCAGAAGACGUGGUGCGUCGUAUGUUUAGAGGACGGCGCCAUUCGCUGUCUAGACUGCGACGGCGACGUCUACUGCGCGAGGUGUUGGAAGGAGAUGCAUGUUGGUCCUAGCGCCGGGUAUGAUGAGCGCGGACACCGCUGGGAGAAGUAUGUCAGACGCUGA